AUGACAGAAGCCACACAGCACAAUUUACCGAUUGUUGGUGUUGGGUUAGCUGUUGUAUCUAGUUUUAUUAAUGGAUCUACAGUUGUGCUCCAAAAGGUAGAAAAAGGUGGUUCACGCUUGGCAGACUGUGUGUGGUGGAGUGGUACACUUGCAAUGAUUGUGGGUCAGAUAGGCAAUGCCCUCGCAUACAGUUCAGGUCCUGCAACUGUAGUUGCACCACUCGGAGCCCUUGGCAUCCUUUUUGGGGCUGUCCUGGCCUCCAGGGUUCUGCAGGAGCAGCUGAACAGACUGGGGAAACUGGGCUGUGUGUUGUGCAGCUGUGGUUCUGUGGUGCUUGCUGUUCAUGCUCCAAAGUUUGAGAACGUGGCAUCAAGAGUUGAACUGGAAGAGAGGCUGAUGGACUCGGUGCCUUUGAUCUACAUUUCAGUGGUAGUGUUACUCCUGAUCAUACUGAUUGGCUGGUUCGCUCCAGCUUAUGGCUCAUCCAACAUCAUGGUGUAUGUGGGUAUCUGUUCCCUGCUGGGGAGCUUCACAGUGCCCAGUAUUAAAGGGCUUAAACUGGCAGCUCCAGAUGUUAUUCAUGGGCCCAAUACUGACAUCAGAGCUGUCUACCUCUUUCUGGGAUUACUGGGAACUCUUGCAGUAAGUAUCCUCAUCCAGUUCACUUUCAUCAACAAAGCAUUGGAGAACUUCAGCUCCACCAUGUUUGAUACAAUCUACUAUGUGACUUUUAAUUCCACUGUCAUACUGGCCUCUGCUGUUUUGCUCAGGGAGUGGAUGGCUCUGAGUGUUGUGGACUGCGUAGGUAUUUUUUGUGGAUUCAUCACUGUAGCUGUAGGAGUUGCAUUAUUACAAAUAUCCCCAGACUAUCCCUCAGUCACCUGGAAACAAACCAAACUGGCAACGAAAAAGGAUUAG